AGUGAAGUGGGAUGUUACGGGAAUCACUCGAAAGCACCAUCAGCGCUGAUUGACGUGUGGAGGUCCUGGGACCAGCGUCACGAGUCCGAAAUCUUCCACGGAGUAGUCCGGGUGGAGGUUAGAGGUGGAGGGUGGAGGGUGGAGGUUACCUGUAUUUACUCAUGUAGUCGUUAUGUUUGGAUGUUUUUAUUAGAGCUACGGACCAGGUGGUUGUACUCCGAGGAGGGAGAGAGAGAGCGGGGGGACCAGCAGCAGCAGCAGCAGCAGCAGGUGCAUGUGGAUGGCGAUAAAAACUCUUGGCAAACUCCGCUCGGAUUUAACGUCGUUGAAUCGAUAAAGUAUUGGAAAAAUCGAGCUUAAAUCACUUUUUUAGUUUAAAGGGAGACGCGUAAGACUUGUUUCAUGGCGUUCCCCUCCCGGGAAUAGCAUGUUAAUCCCAGGAAAAGCAGCGUCUUGCCCCGUCCGUCCCUCCGCACGCAAACACGGAGAAAGUUAACGAGUGAACGUUUAGACGCUAAACUUCCCUGAACUUUCGACUGUGUGGCUUCGUGUUUGUUGUUUUUUUGGAGAAACACAGCGCGGUGGAUGAAUGGUGAGACUCUUUUUUUAAAGGACAUCACUGGAGCUUUAAAAAAGAGAGGGGGGUGGGGGGCUAUGGAGAAGAAAAACAAGGCGACCAACCGGAGCCGCUUCCCCGCCGACGGUAGAGCCAAAGACCGACUAGACAGUGUGGAUCCAUAUGGCUUCGAGCGCUCAGCAGACUUCGAUUAUGAUUCAUACGAGGAGCUCAUGUCUGAGUAUUUAGUUGUGCUCACAAGACGGUCCAUUAAGUGGUCCAAACUACUGAAGGGAAAGGGCAAAGUGCAGAAGAAUGUCAAAUUAAAACGUUACGUACGCAAGGGAGUUCCCAACGAGCACCGGGCUCUGAUCUGGAUGGUAGCCAGUGGGGCUCAAGACCAGUUAGAGAAGAACCCAGGAUACUACCAGUCCCUGCUCGGAGCCCAGCACGACCCCAAACUGGUGGAGACAAUCUGCACAGACUUGAACAGAACGUUUCCAGACAACGUCCAGUUCCGCAAGACGUCCAACCCAUGUCUGCAGAAGGCUCUGUACAAUGUGCUGCUGGCUUAUGGUCACCAUAACCCGUCUGUGGGCUACUGUCAGGGGAUGAACUUCAUAGCUGGGUAUCUACUUAUCGUCACAAAAGAUGAAGAGAAAUCCUUCUGGCUGAUGGAUGCACUACUCGGCAGAAUUUUACCAGACUACUACAGUCCAGCCAUGCUCGGGCUGAAGACGGACCAGGAGGUGUUGGGUGAACUGGUGAAACUUAAAAUCCCCGGAGUCUGGCAGACCAUGGUGGAUCAUAAUGUCAUGUGGACACUGGUGGUCUCCCGAUGGUUCAUCUGUCUCUACAUAGACAUCUUACCAGUGGAGACGGUUCUGCGGAUUUGGGAUUGCCUGUUCUACGAGGGCUCUAAAAUCCUGUUCCGUGUAGCACUUACACUGAUCCACCACAACGAGGCUCUGAUUCAACAGGCCAAGUCGCUGCCAGACGUCUGCCAAAACUUCAAGCAAAUCACCCGAGGACCGUUUGUCGAUGAAUGCCACACUUUCAUGCAGAAAAUCUUCACUGAACCAGGAAGUCUCUCCUCGGCAACCUUAUCUAAGCUGCGGGCGACGUGUCGAUCUCGCAUCAUUGCAGAAGAAUCCUGAACCUGAAACUGGCACUACCCGUUGCUUAAACUCAAUACACAUUCCCCUGGGACGAGCACCCAACAGCAACUUGUUUGCACCUUUUUUCUUUUUUACCGACUACUACAUACUGUAUAGUAUUUGUCUUAAACAUAUUCAUACAUCCAAUCAUACAGCCUAAGUGUAAAUAUAUGGUUAAAGAGAAUAUUUUUAGCAGCGUGCUGUAUGAGCUGAUGAUUCCAUUUGAAAUGAACAUGUAGUUUUUUUUUGUCUUGUUAAAUGUGGAAUUAUGCACUUUACUCCAGAAAGUCUAGACACUGUAGAGAAGAGAAACUUCAGAUCAGAUAAGCGAUGUGUUGCACACUGUAAGCACAGCCAAGAGAGCCUUUUGUAUUUCACAACGAAUGGGUGACAAAGCUGGAACGACCUACUGUGGCAAUCAAAUGUGAAUCAGACUGAUUUCAUGACACACUUUUCUAAACAUUUCAAAUCAGGUUUUUUUUUUUGGUUGUGUUGGGUUUUUGGUCCCUGACCUCAAUAAUUAACUCAAAUGCACUAUGAUGAAAUUAUCCAAACACAAUGGAAUCAAAUGUGUGUCCGGUUUGUUCUUUGUUUUGGUUUUGUGUCCCUUUAAACUCUGAGUGCUGAUAUCAGAUUUUGUUGCACUGGACAAAAAUAACCUUCACGUUGAUCCCAGCUCUGAGUAUUCUGUGUAAUGUACGCCCGGUUGAACAGCGCAGAGUAAACAGCUGUGUUUAUUUCUCACAAGAUAAGCUGAAACAAAAUCAUAAAGCUACUAAAUAACAUGCAUGAAAAGCAGAAUCAGUGCUGGAGUUUUUCAUAUUUUUUUAUUAACUUUCAGUAAGAUGCAGAAUAGAAAACGAGAUCAAGCCAUUUUCUAUAAAAAUAAACAAUCAAAUCACUACAAUUCAUAUUAACAUUUCUUUAAGGAGAGGGUGGGGAAAGCAAGAAUAAAAAAAUGAACCCAUGCACCUGUUUUUUUUAGUAAUGCAGAGUCACACUGUUUACACAAAGCAGCAGCAGCAACAGCAAAUCCCUGUUUUUGUUUUUUUAUCAUCACGAUUACAGACUUUGUUUGAUGAAUCGGAUUAAACUGUGCCUCAGUGAACUAUUGGGUCAGUUGUGGCUUCCUCUCAGUCGUCACUGUGAAGGAAUAUGAUUGGAAAACACACACCUUCAGAGCUUUCCCUUUUCCUCACUGGGAUUAUUGUAUGUUCAUGAAGUUAAAAAUAAAUGGUGGUGAGCACGUGUAGGCAUAACUUAAACUGUGUUUACUUGCACAGACAUCC